AUAUGACGUAGGCUACAACCCUGCGCUGGACGAAUGGCAGCUGAGAAAAUUCCUUUACAACAGUAAAAUAAACUGCAGGUGGGUGUUGUAAUAGGUCUGAAAGUUUUCCAGCUGGCGAGCUUCUCUGCAAACACGGGAUGCUGUAAGAUCACAUAGCAGAUUGAAUUGUGACUCUCAGGACCGGUCAUGCACUGACGGUGGAAGCGGAGGGAGGGUGACACCGCGCGUCGGUCAGGGGCCACCAUGGCUCUGGAAGUGUACGAGGCCAUAUUCACAGCCAAGCAGCAGCGACGGAAGAACCUGUUCCUCAACUACAGGAACCUGCACAUGUUCCCCGCCGAGCUGCUGGGGGACGAGGGCCUGCACUUCCUGGAGAGGAUCUACAUGAAAUGGAACUCACUCACCACCCUGCCAGAAAAUCUUGCUCAGAAGCUUCCAAACCUGCUUGAGCUGUACCUGCGCUCCAACAGCAUGGUCACCGUGCCUGAAGCCGUGUGUGACCUGGCUAAGCUCCAGUCUUUGGACCUGAGUGACAACGCGCUGCAGGUGAUCUGUCCUGAGAUUGGCCAGCUGCGGUCCCUGCGUCACCUCAGGCUGGCCAACAACCGGCUCAAAACCCUGCCUCCAGAGAUCGGGGACCUGCGGGAGCUGGAGACGCUGGACGUGUCCAUGAACCUGCUGGUGGCGCUGCCCGCACGGCUGCACCGCUGCCGCGCCCUGCAGUGCCUGACCGCCGACCGCAACGGCCUGCGCGGCCUGCCCCGCCAGCUGUGCCAGCUGCGCAGCCUCAACGAGCUCUCCAUGGCCGCCAACCGCCUGAGAACCUUACCGCUGGAUCUAGGGCGCUCGCCAGAGCUGCAGUUCGUCUUUGUCGACAACAACGUUCACCUGAAGGGUCUCCCGUCCUCUCUCUACAGCAAGGUGAUCGGCUGCAGCGGGUGUGGCCUGUCUCCGCAGGUGUCUGAGAGGCUGCUGUCCGUCGCGCUCGGGGACGUGACCAUCCCGCUCCCGGUGGAGGUGCAGGCCGUCGGCAUGGAGACGGAGUGCGUGGUGCCCCUGCAGGAGCUGGCUAUGAGGGCCUUGCACAGCGCACACCAGUCGAGCGCCCCCCACAGGGAGGUGAAUUUCCUGCCCCAGGUCCUGUUACCCAGAAUCCUCCUGGAGCUGCUGGGGUGCCCCGUGGGUCACUGUCACCACUGCGGCCGGGCCAUGUUCACCAUCGUCUACCCCAAGAUCGUCCCCCUGAGCGAGACCGCGCUGGCCGGCGUGCACCUCAGGACGAGGGUGAGCUUCGUGGUGUACUGCUGCUCCAGCCAGUGCGUCCGGGCGUUCAGCUUCCAGACCUGAGGCCCGGGCUGUGAGGGGGGAGGGCUCCAUGUUCCUGUGGACCGGAGUCGGUCCCCACUGCUGCCGAACUGAGGGGUGGGACCGAGCCACCCAGUCAAGGGCCCUCUCUCCACCGGCCAGGGAGAUCAGGGUCUGAAUUAAACACUUCCAAAAUGUUCCAAAAUUAAAAAAAAAAAGUUUUAAUCUUCUUAACAAUUUUCGACCUGGGUUGAAUCUGUCAGCUGCUUCAAAAGCAGUCCUUUCUGAAGGAAUUGAGAGACGUUUUCAACAGCAGCAUUGACACUGACCUGCUAACUAGUUGGUCUGUAAAAGAAGAAUAUGAAAUGUUAACAUUAACAGCUGUGGGAUCAGAACCUGAUUUGCAGAAUCUUACUGCACUGGCAUCCUCAUCCAUCUGUCUGCUCUAAAACUCUUUUUUAUUGUCUCUCAGUUUUUGCUUCUUUUUUUUUUCCAGAUCCGUUUGAACUUGACGAAUAAACAAUUGAGAACAAUUAA